UAUUUCUAAUUUUAUCAGGUUGGCAACAGAUUUAAAAUUACAUAGUGCGAAAUCGAAAUUUUGGUCUCCAAUUCAAAAGCUGUCCAUGUCAAACAUGUCAAAUUUGGACUGACAUUGCUACCAAUAAUUCAGAAGUGCCAACCCAAAAAUUAUCAUUAUCUAAUAAUACCCAGAUAUAACAUUUCAAACUAUAAAAAAGUACAACCGUAGUACCUCAGAGUAAGAAAAAAAGAAUAAAAGGAAAUUUCGCUUUCUGUACUCCCCAUUUGUGUGUAAAAGCUAAAGCAAAAAUUUAGGCGUGUCUAAGUACCUUCGCAACCUUCAUUUAUCUUUACUGUGUCAAAAAAGUGUUUCAUUGUCCUAUAAAUUUAAAAAUUAUGUAGUACUUUGCAUUACAAACAACUUGCAUUAACAUACUGGAAAAACGCAUUUUGUUCCUUUACAUGUAGACAAUAUGUUGAUAAUUAACCUGCGACGACGACAGUAAAUGGGUACUCUUUCAGUUGAAAACAUGUUGUUUACCUGUGUCGCAAUUCUUCUCCUUUGGUACCUACAUUACCACUGGAAAAGACGCCACCUUUACCGCCACGCUAGCAAAAUACCAGGCAUAAAAGGAUACCCCGUUGUUGGUAACCUGUUCGACUUUACAGGCGACGCUAACGAAAUUUUUGACAGCGUUUCAAAACAUUUUGACCGAUGUACUCACAUUGUGAAAGCAUGGAUUGGUCCAAUCCUGGUCUGCGGUAUCACCAAACCUGAAUACUUGGAGAAAGUACUAACAAGUCCAAACACCAAUUCCAGAGUAUACUUACUCAGAAGAGUUGCUCGCGAUUUCUUGGGAAAUGGACUUUUCACAGCUCCAAGACCUGUAUGGAAGCGUCACCGCAAAAUGAUUAACCCGAUUUUAAAUCGGAAAAUCCUCGACCGGUUUGUUGAAGUGUUUGGAACUCGGGCUGUCAUUUUGGGCGAACGGUUAGAAGAGUACGUCGGUAGACGAAACGUGGAUUUAUUACAGAUAGUCAGUAGAUGUACGCUGGAUAUCGCUUUUGAAACCAUAAUAGGUGUUCAGGUCAAUGCACAAGACGGUGAAUCAGAAGUGGUAGAAUGGACAGACAAGAUCCUGGAAACGAUGCUCCAUCGACUGUAUAACUUUUGGUACCACCACGACUUCAUUUAUAAACGUACGAGGUUGCACAAAGAAACCCAGGUACUUCUAACGAAGUGCAACCAAUUUGUAGCAGAAGCUAUCAAAAACAAGGAAAAAAGCGACAAAUCUGAGUUUCCAGUUCUGCUGGAUUAUUUGCUUGAUUUGUCUUCUAGUGGUACCGAAAUAACAACAGACGAGAUUGUAGACGAAAUUAAAACUUUCGUAGCUGCUGCAUUCGAUACAACGGCCGUUGUCACUUGUUUUGUUAUUACCACGUUGGCGUUGCAUCCUGACAUUCAGGACCAAGUUUACGAAGAAGUACUUCGCGUUUUGGGUUCUGAAAAAAUUCCAGACUUUCAGGAUUUACCUUCUCUUAAAUAUACAGAGUUGGUGAUUAAAGAAACCAUGAGGUUGUUCCCUCCGAAUAUCUUUAUGGCAAGAGACGUACAAGAAGAUUUACCUCUUGAUGAGGACAUAACGCUUCCAAAGGGCUCGGUUGUUAUGCUGGGGGUACUCCACGUUCAUAGAAGUACCGAAUACUGGCCGGACCCUCUCAAAUUCGAACCGGAUAGGUUUUCACCAGAGAGAAGUACCAACCGACAUCCUUUUACCUACAUACCGUUCUCUGCAGGACCUAUGAACUGCAUCGGUCAGAAGUACGCCAUGAUGUCCGUGAAAACCAUCGUUGCCACUCUUAUCAGAAAAUUUAAAUUUCGUACUGAGUACAAAACGGUCGACGAGGUUAAGUUGAGGACUAAAGUUGUUUUGAGACCACGUGAUGGUUUUAAAACUUCUUUUGAGAUAAGAAAGAACCAAUAAAGAGAAAUUUUUUGUUUGGGUGUUCAUUGUAUGUU